CUCUUUGAUACUUUACCAAUUAAGGCUCUCGCAUUUGAGAGCCACGAAGGAGAGAAGGAGAUAGAAAAGGCCGAGGGGUGUCACUAGUGCUCUUUCUGGAGCUAACCGAACUAGCAUUUCCCCCCCUCAGGGAGGCUCGCUCGGUCCGGGAGGGAGACAGUGCAGUUUUUCCUGCGUGUAGAGUCGUGAAGGAUACAGAAGAAGAAGAAGAUACUUGUUCGCAAGACCACCAGCAGCACAACCUAAAGAGUUUAAAGAACUUUAAAAAGAAGAGUCUAGCGAUUCUUCGAGGCUCCGCCCAGACAAAAAAUAGCGAGUCAGUGAGCGAGUGAAGGGGAGAGCCGAGUCCAUAAAAAUGAGUCAACACCCACGGCUCCACCAGUCGAGCGCAGCCUCUCCCGCGCCCAACGCCUCUCUCAGCCCGGAUAAGGACGCCGACAUGCCCGCCACGGAGAAAGACCUGGCCGAGGACGCGCCGUGGAAGAAGAUCCAGCAGAACACCUUCACCCGGUGGUGUAACGAGCACCUGAAAUGCGUGAACAAGCGCAUCGCCAACCUGCAGACGGACCUGAGCGACGGCCUCCGGCUCAUAGCGCUCCUGGAGGUGCUGAGCCAGAAGAAGAUGUUCCGCAAAUACAACCAGCGGCCCACCUUCAGGCAGAUGCAGCUGGAGAACGUCUCCGUGGCUCUGGAGUUCCUCGACAGAGAGAAUAUCAAGCUCGUCUCUAUAGACAGUAAAGCCAUAGUAGACGGGAACCUGAAGCUCAUCCUGGGACUGAUAUGGACACUGAUCCUGCACUAUUCCAUCUCCAUGCCUAUGUGGGAUGAGGAGGAGGACACGGACGAUGCCAAGCAGAAGACACCCAAGCAGAGGCUCCUGGGCUGGAUCCAGAACAAGCUGCCCGAACUGCCAAUCACCAACUUCAGCCGAGACUGGCAGUCGGGCAAAGCCCUGGGAGCAUUGGUGGACAGUUGUGCUCCAGGUCUGUGUCCGGACUGGGACUCCUGGGAUCAAACAAAGCCUGUGGACAAUGCCCGCGAGGCCAUGCAGCAGGCUGAUGAGUGGCUGGGGGUUCCUCAGGUUAUCACUCCUGAGGAAAUUGUUGAUCCCAAUGUGGACGAGCACUCUGUCAUGACCUACCUGUCGCAGUUCCCUAAGGCCAAGCUAAAGCCUGGUGCCCCACUUCGCCCCAAACUCAACCCCAAAAAGGCGCGUGCCUAUGGACCAGGUAUUGAGCCAACUGGUAAUGUGGUGAUGAAAAAAGCUGUGUUCACCGUGGAAACAAUUAGCGCAGGCCAGGGAGAGGUGUUGGUUUAUGUGGAGGAUCCCGCUGGUCACCGCGAGGAGGCUAAAGUCACUCCCAACAAUGACAAGAAUCGCACUUACUCUGUAGUCUAUGUUCCUAAAGUCACUGGGCUACAUAAGGUGACCGUGCUGUUUGCAGGGCUGCACAUCUCAAAGAGCCCAUUUGAGGUGGAUGUGGGGAUGGCUCAGGGAGACUCCAGCAAGGUCACUGCCCAAGGUCCAGGUCUGGAGGCUGUAGGCAACAUUGCCAACAAGACCACUUACUUUGAUGUCUACACUGCUGGUGCAGGAGUUGGUGAAGUUGAGGUGGUAAUUACGGACCCCAGUGGCAAGAAGGAUACUGUAGAGUGCAGCAUCGAAGAUAAAGGAAACAGCAGCUACCGUUGCACCUACAAGCCCACCCAGGAAGGCCAGCAUGUCAUCUACAUCACCUUUGCUGGAGGACAAAUCUCCAAGAGCCCUUACACAGUCAACAUAGGAGAGGCCUGUAACCCCAGCCUGUGCCGAGCCAAGGGCCGUGGUCUGCAGCCCAAAGGCCUGCGGAUCAAGGAGACUGCAGAGUUUAAGGUCUACACCAAAGGAGCUGGCACUGGAGACCUCAAGGUCACAAUCAAAGGGCCUAAGGGUCUAGAGGAGCCUUGUAAGAAGAAGGAUCUGGGAGAUGGAGUCUAUAGUUUUGAGUACUACCCCACUACACCUGGAACCUAUAUCAUUACAAUCACCUGGGGUGGCCAGCAUAUUCCUCGCAGUCCUUUUGAGGUGAAGGUGGGCAGUGAGGCAGGGCCACAGCAGGUGCGGGCAUGGGGCCCAGGGUUGGAGAGUGGCGUUGUGGGCAAAUCGGCUGAUUUUGUGGUGGAGGCAGUUGGAGAUGAUGUUGGUACUUUGGGCUUCUCUGUGGAGGGCCCAUCCCCUGCUAAGAUUGAGUGUGACGAUAAGGGCGAUGGUUCCUGUGAUGUUCGUUACUGGCCCACAGAGCCAGGCGAGUAUGCAGUGCAUGUGCUCUGUAAGAAUGAGGACAUCCAGCACAGUCCCUUCAUGGCUGAGAUCAAACCAGCACCAGACAGAGACUUUUAUCCUGACAAGGUGAAAGCCUAUGGCCCUGGUCUUCAGAGCAGUGGUCUGUCUGUAGGGAAACCAGCUGAAUUCACAGUGGAUGCCAAACUGGGUGGCAAAGCUCCUCUAAAGAUUCAGGCUCAGGACCGAGAUGGAAACCCAGUUGAUGUGCAGGUGAAGGAUAAUGGCAAUGGGACAUAUACCUGCAGCUACACACCCCGCAAACCCGUCAAACACACGGUCAUGGUGUCCUGGGGUGGAGUCAAUAUCCCAGACAGCCCCUUCAGGAUGAAUAUUGGAGCAGGAUGCCAUCCUAAUAAGGUGAAAGUAUCUGGACCUGGUGUUGCCAAGACAGGCCUGAAGGCCUAUGAGCCAACGUACUUCACAGUGGACUGUUCUGAAGCUGGCCAGGGUGACAUCAGCAUUGGGAUUAAGUGUGCUCCAGGGGUGGUAGGACCAGCAGAGGCAGACAUAGACUUUGACAUCAUCAGAAAUGAUAAUGAUACUUUCACAGUUAAAUACACUCCUCCAGGAGCUGGCAGCUACACUAUCAUGGUUCUGUUUGCUGAUCAGGCUAUUCCCAUGACACCCAUCAGAAUUAAAGUGGAUCCCUCUCAUGAUGCAAGUAAAGUCAAAGCAGAGGGCCCUGGUCUCAGCCGCACUGGUGUGGAACUGAACAAGCCCACUCAUUUCACUGUGAACACUAAAGGAGCAGGCAAAGCUAAGCUGGAUGCUCAGUUCACUGGACCCAACAAGGGAGAGGUCGUCCGGGACUUUGACAUCAUUAACAACCAUGACAACACACACACCGUCAAAUACACCCCAGUGCAACAGGGAAAUAUGGGUGUAAAUGUGACCUAUGGCGGUGACCCCAUUCCCAAGACUCCCUUUGCUGUGGCCGUGGCUCCUUCCCUGGAUCUGGGCAAGAUUAAGGUUGCAGGCCUUGGAGACAAGAUGACUGUUGGAAAAGACCAGGAUAUUACAGUGAAGACAAAGGGAGCAGGUGGUCAAGGUAAAGUUGGCGCAAAGGUUACUGGACCUGCUGGUAAAGCAGUGCCCUGUAAGGUGGAGCCAGGUCUGAGCCCAGAGACCAGCCAGGUCCGCUUUAUCCCCAGAGACAAGGGGCCAUAUGAGGUGGAGCUUACUUAUGAUGGUGCCCCCAUCCCAGGAAGUCCCUUCCCUGUGGAGGCUGUGGCUCACACUGACCCAUCUAAGGUCCGCUGCUCAGGCCCAGGUUUGGAGCGAGCCAAAGUUGGAGAGACAGGCCAGUUUGUGGUCGACUGCACCAAUGCUGGACCAGCUGAGCUGACCAUUGAAAUCAUCUCUGAUAAUGGUACUGAGGCAGAGGUCCAUAUCCAGGAUAAUGGAGAUGGAACUUACACAAUCACCUACAUCCCUCUGUACCCUGGAGCCUACACCCUGACCAUUCGCUACGGUGGCCAAGAUGUGCCAAACUUCCCUGCAAGACUCAAUGUUGAGCCAGCUGUAGAAACCAGUGGUGUGAAGGUGUUUGGACCUGGAGUUGAAGGCAAAGGGGUUUUCAGAGAGGCUACCACAGACUUCACUGUUGAUGCCCGAGCCCUUACGAAAACUGGAGGCAAGCACAUCAAAACCUGCAUCAACAACCCAUCUGGCAACCAAACUGAAGCCCUCAUCAGGGACCUGGGAGAUGGUACCUAUAAAGUGGAGUACACUCCCUAUGAAGAAGGUCCUCACAGUGUGGAGGUUUCCUAUGACAAUGCCCCAGUGCCCAACAGUCCAUUCCGUGUGCCUGUGACCGAAGGUUGUGACCCAGCACGUGUGCGGGUGCAUGGUCCAGGUUUGCAGGCUGGCAUCACCAACAAACCCAACAAAUUCACUGUUGAAACCCGUGGGGCUGGUACAGGAGGAUUGGGCCUGGCCAUGGAGGGACCUUCUGAGGCAAAGAUGUCCUGCACUGAUAACAAAGAUGGCAGCUGCUCUGUUGAGUACAUACCAUAUGAGCCAGGGACUUACAACCUCAACGUCACCUAUGGAGGCCAACCAGUCACUGGAAGCCCCUUCUCUGUGCCUGUCCACGAUACUGUUGAUCCCACAAAGGUGAAGUGUCAGGGUCAGGGUAUUGGGACCAAUGUGCGGGCCAAUAUCCCACAAGUGUUCAGCGUGGAUGCCAGUAAAGCAGGCAUGGCUCCUCUGCAGGUCAGAGUGCAAGGACCCAAAGGUGUUGUGGAGCAGGCUGAUGUGGUCGAUAAUGGAGAUCAGACUCACACUGUGAGCUAUGUGCCCACCAGAGAGGGACCAUAUACUAUUAAUGUACUGUAUGCUGAUGAAGAAAUACCACGCAGUCCUUAUAAGGUGAAAGUUCUGCCCACACACGAUGCCAGUAAGGUCCGUGCCAGUGGCCCUGGACUCAAUACUACUGGUGUGCCUGCCAGUCUGCCAGUGGAGUUUACCAUUGAUGCCAAAGAUGCAGGAGAAGGACUUCUGGCUGUCCAGAUCACUGAUCCAGAUGGGAAGCCCAAAAAGGCAAACAUUCGUGAUAACCAGGAUGGCACAUACUUGGUGUCUUAUGUGCCUGAUAUGACUGGGCGCUACACCAUUCUAAUCAAGUAUGGUGGAGAUGAAAUCCCAUACUCUCCAUACCGCAUCAGAGCUCUGCCAACAGGAGAUGCCAGCAAAUGCACAGUCACAGUCUCAAUUGGAGGUCACGGUUUGGGUGCUGGAGUUGGUCCCACUAUCCAGAUUGGGGAACAGACUGUCAUCACCGUGGACGCAAAGGCUGCUGGGAAGGGGAAGGUGACCUGCACAGUGUGCACUCCAGAUGGCACAGAGGUGGAUGUUGACGUGGUUGAGAAUGAAGAUGGAACAUUUGACAUCUUCUACACAGCACCCCAGCCUGGGAAAUACGUCAUCUGUGUGCGCUUUGGAGGAGAGCACAUUCCCAACAGCCCCUUCCAGGUCAUGGCUUUGGAAGGUGCCUCCCCUGAACAACUUAUGCAGCAGACCCAGGUCCCGCAGUACGCCUACGCGCCCAACAUGGGCCAGCCAUGGGCAACAGACAGACCACUGGGCAUGAAUGGACUGGAUGUGGCUGGAUUGAGACCCUUCGACUUGGUCAUUCCGUUCACCAUCCAGAAGGGAGAAAUAACAGGUGAAGUGAGGAUGCCAUCUGGCAAAGUGGCCAAGCCAGACAUUACAGAUAAUAAAGAUGGCACAGUCACAGUGAAAUACGCUCCUACUGAGGCUGGACUGCACGAGAUGGACAUCAAAUAUGAUGGGAUACAUAUUCCAGGAAGCCCACUGCAGUUCUAUGUGGAUUACGUCAACAGUGGCCAUGUGACAGCCUAUGGUCCUGGUCUGAUUCAUGGCAUGGUCAAUAAGCCAGCAGUGUUCACAGUCAACACCAAGGAUGCAGGAGAAGGUGGUCUUUCUUUGGCCAUCGAGGGGCCCUCAAAGGCAGACAUCAGCUGCACUGAUAACCAAGAUGGCACCUGCACUGUGUCUUACCUCCCUGUCCUGCCUGGAGACUACAACAUCCUUGUCAAGUACAAUGACAAGCACAUCCCCGGCAGUCCUUUUGUGUCAAAGAUCACAGGAGAUGACUCCAUGCGCAUGUCCCAUCUGAAGGUGGGCUCUGCUGCUGAUAUCCCAUUAGACAUUGGUGAGCUGGACCUGAGCCAGCUGACUGCCUCACUGACAACACCCUCUGGCCGGGAGGAGCCGUGCCUGCUCAAGAUGCUCCGUAAUGGGCAUGUGGGUGUUUCCUUUGUGCCUAAAGAGAUUGGUGAGCACCUUGUAAAUAUAAAGAAAAAUGGACGGCAUAUUCCCAGUAGCCCCAUUUCUGUCAUGAUCAACCAGUCGGAGAUUGCCGAUGCCAGCCGUGUGCGCGUGUCUGGCCAGGGCCUGAGUGAGGCUCGCACGUUUGAGCCAGCGGAGUUAAUCAUUGAUACCAGAGAUGCAGGCUAUGGAGGUCUUAGCUUAUCCAUUGAGGGGCCCAGUAAGGUGGAUAUAAACACUGAGGAUCAAGAAGAUGGAACCUGCAAAGUCACUUACUGCCCCACUGAACCAGGAAACUACAUUAUUAACAUCAAGUUUGCUGACCAGCAUGUUCCAGGCAGCGCUUUCACUGUGAAAGUGACUGGAGAGGGUAGGAUGAAAGAGAGCAUUACUCGCAAAAAAAGAGCUGCAUCUGUUGCCAAUGUUGGCAGCCAGUGUGACUUGAGCUUGAAGAUACCUGAAAUCAGCAUCGCUGACAUGACUGCCCAGGUGACCAGCCCUUCCGGGAAGGUGCACAAGGCUGAGAUCAUGGAGGGUGAAAACAAUACCUACUGCAUUCGUUUUGUGCCAACUGAGAUGGGUGUUCACACAGUCAGUGUGAAGUACCAAGGCCAUCAUGUCCCUGGAUCCCCGUUUCAAUUCACUGUGGGGCCACUAGGAGAAGGAGGGGCCCACAAAGUCCGUGCAGGAGGUCCAGGCCUGGAGAGAGCAGAGGCAGGAGUACCGGCCGAGUUUAGUAUAUGGACACGCGAGGCUGGUGCUGGGGGUCUGUCCAUUGCUGUGGAGGGUCCCAGCAAAGCAGAGAUUGCCUUUGAAGACCGUAAAGAUGGAUCCAGUGGGGUCUCUUACAUUGUCCAGGAGCCUGGAGAUUAUGAGGUGUCCAUCAAGUUCAACGACGAGCAUAUCCCUGACAGUCCCUUCAUUGUGCCUGUCGCCUCUCCUUCGGAUGAUGCCCGCCGACUUACUGUUGCCAGUCUUCAGGAGUCCGGAUUAAAGGUGAACCAGCCUGCUUCUUUUGCUGUAAGCCUGAAUGGGGCAAAGGGCGUCAUUGACGCUAAAGUUCAUAGCCCAUCUGGAGCUCUGGAGGAGUGCUGCGUCACAGAGAUUGAUGAAGAUAAGUAUGCGGUGAGGUUCAUUCCCAGGGAGAAUGGCCUGUACCUGAUUGAUGUGAAAUUUAAUGGCUCCCACAUCCCUGGAAGCCCUUUCAAGAUUCGGGUGGGAGAGGCAGGUCAGGCCGGAGAUCCAGGCAUGGUGUCUGCUUAUGGGGCUGGUCUGGAGGGUGGAACCACUGGAUCUCCAUGUGAAUUCAUUGUGAACACAAGCUCAGCUGGUCCUGGAGCACUGGCAGUAACUAUUGAUGGGCCUUCUAAAGUGAAGAUGGACUGUCAGGAGUGCCCAGAAGGGUACAAGGUCACCUACACACCUAUGGCACCUGGAAACUACCUAAUCUCUAUUAAAUAUGGUGGACCCUACCACAUUGUUGGCAGCCCCUUUAAAGCUAAAAUUACUGGCUCUCGUUUAGUCAGUAGCCACAGCAUGCAUGAGACCUCAUCAGUGCUGGUUGACCCUGUGACCCGCAGUGUGACCUCCACUCAGCAGGCGGCGCCAGGCUGGGCUAGCUCUGAUGCUAGCCGUGUGGUGGCCAAAGGCCUGGGGCUCACGAAGGGCUUCAUUGGGCAGAAAAAUAGCUUCAGUGUAGACUGUAGCAAAGCAGGAAGAAAUAUGCUGCUGGUUGGAGUUGAUGGGCCUAAAGUACCCUGUGAAGAGAUCCUGGUCAAACACCUGGGCAACCGUCUCUAUAAUGUGUCCUACCAGCUGAAAGAAAAGGGCGAGUACAUUCUGGUGGUGAAAUGGGGUGAUGACCACAUUCCUGGGAGCCCGUUCCACAUCACUGUCUAAUGCCAACCACCUCCCCCUCAGCCAAAGUAGCCACCAACCACAGCCAAGACUCCUGCUCCUGCAUUCCAUAGACGAAUACAUAAACACUGAAUCUUCUCUUGCUGUCUCACUCGUUUCUCAUUAUGCUGUACCUUCAUCUCCCCAUUUCCCUUCACUUAGCACAGCCAGACUGUUUUUGCAGUGUUCAGCAUUACUGUUUAAGCAGGUGCCGGUCAUGGUGGCUUUCACAUUCUCCAAGGUUUACACCAGUGUGUUACUGAUCGCCCAUAACACAACAUGGCUGCUACAGUGUGCAAUGCCUAGUUCAGGAUGCCACUGUUCAAACUCUUGCUUGUAGCAGAAGGGAUAGGAGUGUUGCAUCCUUUGAAAAGCACAGAUGUUUUAACUUACCAUUGGGUGACAUGACACUUACUAGUAACUCAUAAUUUGUGCCUUUUACACAUCUGAAUUAACACUGGUGCCAAAGCUCUGUGGGUUUGCCCUAUUGCCUUUUUUAUUUUUGUUUUUUUUUUGUUUUUUUUUUUUGUUUGUUUUUUUCUCCAUUUCAAAUGCACUUUGUAGAGCUGAGCUUGUUAUCCCUUUUGAUGAGAACAUUCUGUCAAGCUUAGACAAAAGACUUCUGAACCAUGUUCUAAUAACUAGUGAAUAAAAGGGAAAUUUUGAAUUGGAUGUAGGCAUUGCCAUUUGGCUGGAGGUGAAAUUGAAAAGUGCAUUUUGUGAAUUCUUGAUUUUUAAAAAUCCAAACGUGCUUAAUUUCAACAUUUUUCCUUUGGAUCACUUGCAUUUCACUUAGCUUUUCAACUCUCUGUGCUUUUAAAAAAAAUCUUGUCUUAAGAGAAGAGAAACAAUGUUUGUAAGACUGUUACAGUAUUUUGAUAAACAAUAAAGUUGUCCUAAGUAUUUUUGUCAAUCCAAAAA